UACAGUCUACAGUCUGUCACUACGUGGUGUCACGGCGCGUAUCGCCCCCGCAACCUUUCACCUACUUCCCGCCGGUCGCUCUGGAUCGGCGUCAUAUUAUCGGGUGGACAGAAUAUUAAAGGUAACCUCUGAUGUUUGAUGUUGCUGACUGCUUGAGAAGACCUCAGAUAGGCCAACCAGACACAUUUGAAAGCCUACCUCCAGAGGAGCCACAAUGUCCCUGAGCACACUGGCCCGGUACGGCCUGUCAGGACGGGGGCUGCUGGGGGCCGCCGCCGCCGCCCGGCCCCUGGGGGCCCCCCCCGCCCGGCCCCUGGGGGCCCCCCCCGCCCGGCCCCUGGGGGCCCCCCCCGCCCGGCCCCUUGGCUCACUGAGCUGCCGCAGAAGGCCGGGGCAGUGGCCCGCCCGGACCGGGCCGCGCCCCACCGCACUGCCGUCCCGCGGGCACCAGACGGCCCGGGCCGCCCCCCUCCCCGGGGCGAGCUGCCAGGUGUCGGCGCUGGGCGCCCGGGACGAGGAGAGGCUGCUGGAGGUGGUGUGGGGGGACGGCGAGCGCAGCCUCUACCCCUACACCUGGCUCAGAGACAACUGCCAGUGUCCGGCCUGCACCCUGCAGUCGGCCCGGGCCCGCAGCCUGCUGUUCUCCCAGCUGGACGUCCACACCGGGCUGCAGGAUGUGCAGCUCGCUGGAGACAACCAGGUGUCCAUCUUGUGGCCCGACCACCACGUCAGUCGCUUUGAGCUGCAGUGGUUGAGGAGACGCUGCUUCUCUCCGGCUGCCAGGCAGGCGAUGCAAGAAGAGCUCUUCAUCAACGAGCGGAGCCACUGGGACUCGGAGCUCCUGAUCCCCAGCGCCAGCUUUGAGGAGGUCCUGACGGACGAUAAGGCGGCCCUGGACUGGCUGCUGGCGCUUCGGCGCGUGGGCGUGGUCUACCUGCGGGGGGCGCCGUCGGAAAGAGGCCAGGUGGCCCGACUGAGCGAGCGGAUUGGAUUUCUGAGGCUGACGUUCUACGGCCCAACUUGGCAGGUCCAGGACAAGGCGAUGGCGGUCAACGUAGCCUACACAGCGGGUGACCUCAGCCUCCACACAGACUACCCUGCGCUGCACCAUCCGCCUGGAGUCCAGUUCCUGCACUGCAUCCAGCAGGCGGAGCUGGGGGGCGAGAGCCAGGUGGUGGACGGCUUCCACAUGGCCGAGGUCCUACGGAGAGAAGACCCGCAGGCCUUCCGGACCCUCAGCUCACUCAGGGUGGACUUCUCUGACAUGGGAGAGGACUACUGCGACUUCAGGGUGCAUUCCAAGAACCACAUCAUCGACGUGGACUGUGAGGGUCAGGUCUCCAGGAUCAACUACAACAACGCCACCAGAGACUCUGUGCUGGACCUGCCCCUGGAUCAGGUCCAGGAGUUCUACAGAGCGCUGAAGGCCUAUGUGGACAUCAUGAACCGCCCAACCAACGUGGUGACAUACCGCAUGGAGCCAGGCGACAUCGUGACCUUUGACAACUGGCGGCUGCUCCACGGGCGUCAGAGCUACACCAGCUCCAGCGGGAAGCGGCGCCACCUGGAGGGGGCGUACCUGGACUGGGACGAGGUCAUGUCCCGCCUUCGGAUCCUCCGCCAUGCCGUCGGCCGCGAGGACCGGCACUGAGCCUCCAGCCUCUAGCUAGCAGAGCCUCCAGCCUCCAGCUAGCAGAGCCUCCAGCUAGCAGAGCCUCCAGCCUCCAGCUAGCAGAGCCUCCAGCUAGCAGAGCCUCCAGCCUCCAGCUAGCAGAGCAUCCAGCUGAAAGAAGCAUCGAACUAGCAGAGCAUCGAGCUAGCAUAGCCUCGAGUUAGCAGAGCAUUGCGCUAGCAGAGCUAGGAGAUCGACCGGACACCUGAGGUAAACAUCGCAAUCACAAAUAACGACACAGGAGCAUGCUGAAUACCAAGUGAAUACCAAACGAAUACCACAGGAAUACCCCAUUAAGACCUAAUGAAUACCAUACAUACCAUGUGUAUGGAAUAAAACCUGCCUUAGAUUUAUAAAGUAACAAUUGUAUCUUAUCUAAAUAAAUUUAGAAACUACAAAAAGGUAAAUUUUUGUCAGGGGAAAGGCCAGAAAGGCAACAAGCAACACAGAUCUAUAUUUUUUCAUUCUAAGUUUUAGAUUUAAGAGGUGUGGCAAUAUAGUUUGAGUGGUGAUUUUUCUAAAUUUAAAUUAUUUUUCUAGGUGUUCACACCCCAUGGCAAGUGUAUUCUAAAUGCCUUGUAUAUUUUCUAAUGAAGUUAAAAAAAAGUAUUUAAGUGUUAAAGGCACCCAGUGCAACUUUAUGUAAACAUUCAAUGAAAAAUAAACAUUCAAUAUCUAGUCUUUUUUACACAUAGUAAGUUUCAAUAACUCCAUACCAUUACAUAUCGACAUUCAAGGAGCAAAGAUGAGACGUCGUUGUGUGGUGAGAACUGAUAGAAAAUCGUAAACAACAACAAUCGCCGGUGGGGAGAAGCCAUUUUUCCAUUGACUGGAAGCCUGCUUUAUUUAUUGUAGGUUACAAAAAAUAAAGAAAAUGGCGGCAUUGUUGUUGUUAUCGAUUUUGUAUCAGUUCUCACCACACAACGACGUCUCAUCUUUGCUGCUUAAAUGUCGGUAUGUAAUGGUAUGGAGUUAUUGAAACUUACUACGUGUAAAAAAGACUAGAAAUUGAAUGUUUAUUUUUAAGCCUCGAAAGUUGCACUGGGUGCCUUUAAGAUUUUGACUCAAAAGUUACAAUUUCUUCGUAGAUAAAUGUAGAGAUGAAUACAAAAGUAAUACAAUGUAAAGUGAACUUUCAUUUAUUAACAAUGGCGUCAAGUAUGUAUGUAUGAUGAGAUGCAUGUAAAACAAUAAAACAUCCCAUUUGGAAUGAGA